UGUCUAUCGAUCCCAUUCACCACUCAGCAGAUUGCCUAAUAGAUGUAAUGGCCGCAGAAAGAGAGGUCGCCACCCGCCGCACAGAAGGAACCAAUCUCCCAAGAUCGCCCUUCUUCAAAGGGGUUAGAAUUCGCCCCGUCAUUUCCCCAGCGCAGGGGAAUGCGCUGUCGGCGACGAUCCCAUACCGCGCGUCUGGAUUGAGAGUAGGAUCCGCUAGUUUUCUGCGUAAAGCCAAACUCGUGUCACCGUCGUUCCAGCUUCCGGGACAAUUGUGUUUGGCCCAGACGAUCAACCCGUCGGCCGAGAAACACAGGGUCCCGGUCACGAAGACGCUGUGUAACCAGCCGUUAUACUGAGCGUUCUGGAGCUCGCGUUCCGAGGGGGCUUGAACCUGCACAUAUACGAUUUGAAGAGAGAGAGUUAGUAUUUAGGAAGAAAGGUUUACCAGUUGUGUGCUCACUCUAUAGUUCUUUCCAUCUAGGAAACCCCACGUGAAGCGGAGCAAUGGCUGCUUCAUCCACAC